AAUGUAAUUGUACUAUAUAUUAUCAUUUUAGAAUUUUAAAACUGAAGGAAUAAAAACAAAAGGAAAAGAUAAUAAAAAAAUAACACAAUUACGUAUCAAGUUACGAGAAGAGAAGUUUAGAAGAUGCAAGCUGAUGAAAAAAAUAGCGAGUUCAUGCCAAAAUUAGAUCUUGUACGAGAUAAAAAUAAACUAAAAUACAGUGAUUUAAUAUAUAUGAAACAAGCUGAAGAAAUAGCUAUUCAAAAAGCAUUUAUAUAUAGAAGAACUCGUACAAGAUGUACUGUAGCAGGAAUCUCUAUUGCUAGUGUAGCUUUAGGAAUUUAUUUGUAUACUAUACAUGCUGUUAAACAGGAAACUUUCUUAAAUGAUUUAAAUGAACCUGAAAAAAUAAUUGAAAAAACAAAAUCAGAUACAAAUAUUGCUUAG